GUCCCUAAGUUGUCAAUUGUUUGACCGCCAUUUCAACUGUCACAGCACGCGUGAUUCUUGACUCCUCAUUUUUUAAACUUUCAAGGUGUUCGUAGUGACUUUUUGUGAAUUGUUAUGGUUCUAAAGUGUAGCAAAACUUGUAAUUAAUCUUAAAUUCAGUUUAUAUUGAAUCGUCAUUCGUGAGUAGCAAAGAAUUGUUUGGAACUAUUAGGAAUGCCGAUGUUCACAUUGAACUCGAAACGACAGUUCUUUAUUUCAACUGUUUGCUUUUGAAAUUUAAGCAUUCAAAUUCUUCAGUGCAGUUUUUCAAACAUUUCGCAUACCGGAGAUUUGAAGGCUUCAACUGUUAUUACGUAAAUAUUUGUUUUCGCUCUCUCAACCCCUUCAUCUGUCAACCAUGAAAAUGAAUGAAGAGCGUGAUAGAUUUCAAUCAAGUAGUAGUACAGACGAAAAUGAAUCUGGAUCCGAACAAGAACAUGAACAACAUGUUCAAAUUGCAAAUAUUUCGAAUCAUAACGUCGGUCAAACACGCAAACGUCGUGGAAAUCUGCCUAAACAUUCUGUUAAGAUCCUUAAAAGAUGGUUAUAUGAGCAUAGAUACAAUGCUUAUCCAAGUGAUGCCGAAAAGCUCACUUUAUCACAGGAAGCCAACCUCACAGUGUUACAAGUUUGCAAUUGGUUCAUAAAUGCACGUCGACGAAUACUACCUGAAAUGAUUCGAAGGGAAGGUCAUGAUCCGUUACAUUAUACCAUAUCAAGAAGAGGCAAAAAACUUCACCCUAAUUUGCUGGUAAAUGAUCAACCUCGAUUGAAUUGGGGUGAAGAUUUACCAAGUGUUGGUGGAAAACGUAUACGAUUAGAUCAUGAUUAUGAAGAUAGCAUGACUCUUAUGUAUCGUUCAGAAGAAGAUAGUCCUAAUGAAUAUGAAAGCUCAAGUCCAAGUGAAGAGGAAAAAUUUCCCCCAUGGCAAACCGUUAUACGUUAUGGAGUUGCUAAAGAUUCUCCUCAUCCAGCUAGUAGAGGAUCUACUGACGAGAAGAUGGUAAAUGGUGCAGAUUAUUGGCCUAAUCAGCAUUCUCAACUAACUCCACUAACUUCAAUUAAUCAUCCUCCAAAAGUACAAGUGAUACCAGCUCAUCCUCCACCAUCAGAUCCUUUGACAACUACAGAAGAGGACAAGGACAAAUUCAAAUGUUUGUAUCUCUUGGUUGAAACAGCAGUUGCAGUAAGGCAGCGUGAGAAGGAACAAGAAGAUAUUCAGGUGUAGCCACCAAAUACAAGAUAAAUGUCCUUUGUGCCUUAAAAUAUGUAGUUAACGUUAUAGUUUUGUCGAUUUUAAGUUUUUGCAUUUCCUCGUUUAUUUUGUUCAGGUGUCAUCAAUUUUAUUCAUAAAAUGUUGUUUUUGUUUAUAAUUGUCAGAUUAAUGAUUUGAUUAUUUCCAUUGAUUGAAAAAUGAUAUUAACAUGAUCUACAUGUGUUUCUUUGGAUUUCAUGAUUAUAUUAUUGAUACCAGUUUUAAUGAUGUCUAGUUUGUCGCAGACAUUUUUGUGCUUCCGAUUGUUUGUUUUUCGAUAAACUGGAACAAUACUGUUUGUAAAUAUGUAAAAAAGAUAAUGCAGCAAAUCGGAUCACUUGAGUUUGAUAAAUUUGUAUGUUGUUUUAAUAAAUACAAUGAAAAUUA